AUGGUUGAUUGCGAAAAGUCUGGCGGCUUGAAAUUCGAAGAUGAACCGUAUUUUGAUUUCAUCAUCGUGGACGACUGCGAAGAAGAUGGCAUGAUCUCGAACGGUGAGGAAGAAAGCGACCUUGUUACAGAUGAAAUGAAAGAGGGAUUCUUUCUACCCUUUAACGACUACAGCGAGGAUGAACACUGUUCAGACGAAGAGGAAGAAAUGAUCCAAGAAGAAAACGAGAAAGCGUUGAUCACAAUUAGCUCUCUGAAGUCGUCUGUUCCUGAAAGUACCGAAAUUAUUCUUUCUCCCGCGAACAACUCCCCAUCCAGUAACGAAAAGGUCGACACCCUAUUUUCAACAACUGAUAACACAUCCGCAACUGUUUCUACUUCGAAUCAGAAAAUAUUUUCUUUCAUAUGUCCCACUUCAAUAAUGGCCGCCAGGAGGUCGCAAAUAACGAAGAUUGAGAGUCCAAUAACACCCGUAUCUUCAUUGUCUCUACUCGACAAUCGUGAUAAUUACAAUUUAAAAGAAAACAAUUAUCAUCAUUCAAACGACAUGCAUCAUAUCAAUAGUAAUUGUACUGAUAAUUUAUAUGGUAAAGAGGGCGACGACCUUUAUAAUUAUUUCCCCGGGUUUACUCAAGAAGAGAGAAUCAACGCAGAUCAAAGGGAUAACAUUUUAUCAUCGCUAGUAUCGUUAGGCCACAACAAUCACCGUUUAGAGGGUAUCGAGAAGGUCGAUGGAAGGAAACGUGACAUCAACAUGAGGAUUUCUACAUCAUCUGUGUUAAAAAGUUCAAGAGGAACCACCAUUGAAGAUGUUGGUGAUGACGACGAGCAAGAAUACCGUUAUACAAAGAUUUCACGAAAAGCGGCCGGUAAAUCAUUUCCAAGAAAAGUGACCGUUGAAGAAAUUGAUGACGACGAAGGCGAAGGUGAAUGCGAAUGCGAAAAGAAUUAUCAUCCAAAUAAUUGUCAUUUUCGUGACAGCCAAAAUAAAGAAAGCAAGGGAAAAACUUCUACCCAUUUUACAUUCUACUCUCCACCAACUGAAACUUCGACGGAAUCUCUUAAAUCGCGAAAUAAAAAUUCAAAAAGUACGGGAUCUCAAGAGUAUCCAAAUAUUGAAGAUAUACGAGACGAACAAGAAAAACCGUUCACCGCACUGAAAUCAAGAAUCAUGAAAUGGUCAGACUUUGAAUCGCUACAGUCAUAUCCCAAGAUGACCAAGAAAUCCGUUAAAAAGAUUACCAAGUGGUUAACCCAUAAGCUAAAGGGUAAUGAGGCGCGUGUCGAGAAUAGACUUAACGAGAAUGGAAAUAAUCGACAAGGUGAUGAUGUCAAGAGAAGAGAUGGUAAAAGGGGAAGAAUUGGUGAAUCGUGCCGAAUGUUUUGGAAAAGGGUUCGGAAUGUGGCCAAAAGGAGUCGGAAAAUUGAUGAAGGAAAUAAUGAUACGCACAAGGACGAUGAACGUGAACGUGUUGGUUCGGAUGACUCUGCCGAAAAUACUAUCCCAUCAUUACCUAUCGAAUUGAACACCCUUUUGAAGUGUUUGAGCAAACACGAAAAACAUAAUUUGGAAUAUGGCGGGAUAGAUUUGGGCGAAUGCAAAACUCGAAGAGCGGCGUUUCAGUAUGCUGACUUUUUGAGUGAGAUCAGUAUGCAAGGACUUUAUACGGCCGCCAAAGCUUGGUUCGAAAAGACUCAGGAUACCGAGAAUAUAUCCAAAAUCAAGAACGGACAAAGCUUGAUUUGUCGCGCAUUAUGCCGUCUCUUCAUGACCCACAACGGAUUCAUCCAUUCUUUGGCCCUUGACUUCUCUGACACUUUAAAAUUCAAGUCCUAUCCAUACUUUCCAUACCAUCCCAACGCUCCUAAAUUCCUUUCAAACCUCCGAGACCUUUCCAUAUCAUGCGUUUCCUCGCGCGACCUCUUCACCGACAUUGGCAGUUACUGCAGGAACCUAAAAAAACUCGAAAUUGUGGGUUACACAUUCGACAACCUUCCGGAAAAACGACACGAUUCCGCUGGUGAGCUUAUCAAGUCUCAAGUAGGGUUGCGAUAUUGUAAGAUAUUUGGAUACGGAAGUCGUAUCGUGAAACCGAUAAUGGGAUUGAGUAAUCAAGCAAAGACACUGAAAUUCCUGGAACUGACUUAUUGCAAGUUUUAUGACCUUCAGGUGAACGAAGGAGAUGACGUUCAUAAUCCGAAUAACGAAAAAGGCUACGAAAGUAUGGAUGCAUUCGAGAACGAGCAGACCUGUCAAUUGGUUUCUCUUCUUGCCAAAAACGAUAACCUUGUAUCCUUGAAGCUUGCCGGUUCGUGCGGAAAUCAUCGGGAAUUCAAGGACUUCUUGCCGCAGCUGGCUAAAUUAUUACCGUUGAAAAUGAAACGCUUGAGUUUGUGUUUGAAUUGGAUAAUAUUUGACACGUUGGAUAAAUUCUUGAAGAACUGCGAGGCAGAUUUGGAAAGUUUAUAUAUUAGCGGAUGGAAGAGGAGGAUUCCGGAGAAGCAUAUAAAUACAAUUAAAGAAUAUUUGGAAAAACGACGACGAAAAACGGGACUGUAUGAGUUUGUUAGAGAUAUCGUUUAG